AUGAAGUUCACUACCGUCUCUGCACUUAUGGCCCUUGCGCCGUCUGCUCUUGCGGAUUGGCAUUUUGCCAAGAACAAGGAGAUCAAGUAUACUUCUGUUGAAGGAUUCUUCUUGCAAGAUGAUCUGGCCACGAACCCCACUGGAUUCGACUAUGCUCAAUGGAACUUUGGUCUCUUGAACCGCACUUAUCCCACUGAUCCCAAGAACCCCCGAAAGGGUUACAAGACACAGUGGGAGCGCUUCGAGCAGUAUGUCAAGCACCUGAACCGCAAUGCCAGUCGCGAUAAGACACGCUACAAGGUUCUUGUCAUGGGACGUCAUGGUGAGGGCUGGCACAACGCCGCUGAGUCCUUUUACGGCACUCCCGCCUGGAACUGCUACUGGGGUCUUCAGUCCGGCAACGGAACAGCGACGUGGGAGGAUCCUCUCCUCACAACCGCAGGUGAGGCUGAAGCUCACAAGGCAAACGCCUACUUCAAGGCUCGCUUUGAGAACGAAGGCAUGCCAUACUUCGACUCAUACUACACCUCCCCUCUCGCCCGCUGUGUCGAGACCGCCGUGGAGACUUUCCAGAGCCUCAAGCUCCCCAAGGACAAGCCUUUCGUCCCAAUGGUGAAGGAACUUCUCCGUGAGGGUAUUAGUAUCCGAACAUGCGAUCACCGUCGCAGCAAGAGCUUCAUCAAGACUCUCGCUAAGAAGAUCAAGUUCGAGAAGGGGUUCUCUGAUAAGGAUAAGCUUUGGACUGGAAAGGAGGGUGAGACUGGCGAACACCAAUUGGCGCGAAGCAAGGAAGUUCUCGAUGAUAUCUUCACAAGUGACAAUGCUGUUUGGAUCAGCAUUAGCAGCCACUCUGGUGAGAUCACCAAGCUUCUCCAGGCUCUCAACCAUCGACCUUUCCGUCUGGCGACCGGCCAGAUCAUUCCCGUUCUUGUUAGAGCUGAUGUUGUGUCUGAGGAGCCCACGUCUACGUACGCUUCUUGGACUACCGAAGCGACUUGCAACGCUCCUCCUGUGACUAGCAUCGGAGGACAGGGCUGUGUAUGCUCUACUACACUUGCAUCUGCACCAGCAAAAGCGACAUGA